AUGGGUAGUGCAUACUCUUUGUGGAAGGAACCUGAUGUUACCCCAAUGGGAGAUGAUCCCCCUUCAUUUCCUCCCGGUUAUGGAUUUGAAAAAGGAAGGAAGCCUCGAGCUAUGGUUGCUACUGAACAGGAAUUGAUGGCCGCUAGAAUUCCACUAGACAAACGAGAUUAUUGCGCGCAUCAUUACUUGAAGUUAGAACAAUGCCGAUAUUACAAUGUACCAUGGAUGAUAAAAUGUUCAGCUGAAAAACAUGCUUGGGAUCAAUGCGCUUAUGAAGAUUACGUGUUGAGAAUGAAAGAAUACGAACGUGAACGUCGACUAUUAGUUCGACAAAAGAGAAAGCAACAAAAAGAAGCUGCUGCAGCAUAA